AUGGUCAAUCAUCGGCUGCCCAUCAAGACCGAAAUCAACCCUAUCGCCACCGAUACAAGACCGCCCGAACCAUUCAAUGAGCCGCCCCCGCGACAGGCACCGGUAUCGGUUGUCCCACAAAAUGCAUAUCAGGAAUACGUGGCUGGCCACAGUCGUCUCGCGAAACAUCCGUACGAUCGAGAUGUUUUGAUACGGGCAGAAGACAUGGAUUACAAUACACCCACUCCGUUCAAGCAAGUUGAUCCGGUUCCAUCGCAUCCCAGUCACUCAUCUGAUGUAGAAGGAUAUAGUGCAACUGAUACCCGGCCAUCGCCUGAGAUGCAAUCAUCUCUCAACCAGGUGCAUACCCCAAUGAACCUUUCACCACAAGUCAGUCUACAGCAGCCACCUCAUCUUCAAGAUGACUCCCUCACUGACAAUCAACGUCUGUCAUUCUUUCGAUGGGAGGACGCCCUUCAGGGGAUGAAUCAAGCCGCAGUUGACUUGAAUAAUCUUCUCGAGACUGAAGCCAACUCAAUGGAGCUUACAAUGCAAGCCCACAACAACAACAACAACAACAACAACAACAACAACAACAACAACAACAACAACAACAACAACAACAACAACAACAACCCACUCAUGCUUAAGGAAAUCCGAUACUGGAAGACGAAAACAAAGUUGCAUCUAGAGCACAGUAUGCUAGAGAUCAACUAUUGUGUAAGGCAUUUCCGACAGCUGGAAGAGCAAUUGGAAAUCGAUGAAGCGCAAAUGAAAAGAAUCUCAGAGGGUCGCAAGCAGUGA